AUGCAGGCCACGCUCCAACCUCCAGGUAUCCACACUCUAAGCGACGGUGUUGUUGGUUCUGUGGCCCAACGAUCGUCUCGCAAUGUCGGGAGACAAAUAUACGGCUACAUCAAUGAGCAACAGUCGAGACUGUACUCUCCUAGUCGUUCGUGCGCAAACGCCACCGCGGGGCUUGUAACCUUGGCAAAAGAUGGAAUGGGAAGAGAGAAACGACACUUGGAUGAUGUACGCACUCAAUACUCAACCACGAGAGUUCGCGACACCAAGCGAUACAAGUUGUCGGGAAGUGAAAGAAUCGACGACAAGGAAGAAGACGACACUACGGAGUCGCGCCGCGAAUACUAUCGGAAAAAGCAGCAACGAUAUCGAGAACGACAGCGGAAACGCGAAAAGAUGCUUGAAAAUUCGACUCGACGACUCAAAGAUGAAAUUGGACAGCUCAAGCGACUGCAUGACCAACUUAGCUUUCAAGUGCCCCGAUGUCUAACGAUUUGGAUUGUUGCCACCGAGUAUUUGCGCAUCAUUCGUCGAGGCAUCAGUAACGAUGCAGGCAUUAACGAUAUUGAUCUUCUCCAAGCAACGAUGGCCCCUGAUAUCUUGAUCGACACUGGGAGUGGCGUCGACGCUCUGGUAAAGAAGUGGAAUCUCUUCACGCAAUGGUUUCCAGACGUACGCAUCCAGCUCAAACAGCUCAAACAAAUCACAGAGCAAUCCAUCGUCGCUCUUACUACCACCAGCUUCACUAUUACAACCAGAGGGAUGCAGGGCGCGUUCCCGCAUUUGUUCAAAGCUAGAGAGGGCAGUCGCUGUGCCCAAAUCGCUGCGCGGUUACGAGACCAGCGCGUUGUUUUGCAAGGAUCCGUCCGCUUCGAUUGGGAUGAGAAGAGCAAACACGUCAUUCGACUGCAGCACCAAGCGGAUAUGAUGUCGAUGCUGUUGGGAAUGCUGGGUAACCUGGAGGAUGUCGCCUUAGUGUUCAAUGGCGCGCAUAUUACACCCGAAGGUGUCGUACGUGAUGACAUUGUGUGGGCGUAG